AUGGAGAAGGCUGAACUUCCGGAAUUUUUGCAUGAUGAUGAAGAGGAGGAGAGGAACCAACUCAAUUCCGAGAUGGGCGAGCCCAUGAUCAAUCAAGAAGAAAAGAUGAGGUUCGACAAAAAUAACGAGGAUGAGGGAGACCCUAAUGCGCUGUCGAAAUUCCGGAUUUCGAAGGCGUUGAGGGAGACCCUCAAGGAGAAGGGAAUUGAGUCGCUGUUUCCAAUUCAGGCCAUGACCUUCAAUACCAUUCUCGAUGGUUCUGAUUUGGUCGGAAGGGCGCGCACUGGUCAGGGUAAAACAUUGGCUUUUAUGUUGCCCAUAUUGGAAUCAUUGACGAAUGGGCCUGCAAAAUCAUCAAGGAAGACUGGAUAUGGAAGGGCACCAAGUGUUCUAGUGCUUUUACCCACUAGAGAACUGGCCACUCAGGUGUUUUCUGACUUUGAGAUAUACGGUGGAUCAUUAGGGUUGAAAUGUUGUUGUUUGUAUGGGGGUUCGCCAUACCAGCCACAACAGAUUCAAUUGAAAAGAGGCGUUGACAUCGUUGUUGGUACUCCUGGUCGCAUUAAGGAUCACAUAGACAGAGGAACAAUUGACUUGAGUGCAUUAAAGUUCCGAGUACUUGAUGAGGCUGAUGAAAUGCUGAGGAUGGGUUUUGUUGAAGAUGUUGAACUUAUCUUGGGCAAGGUAGAGGAUGCAAGUAGAGUCCAAACACUUCUUUUUAGUGCUACUUUACCAGAAUGGGUGAAGCAUAUUGCAGCACAAUUUCUAAAACGAGAUAAGAAAACUACUGAUCUUGUUGGAAAUGAGAAGAUGAAGGCUAGCACAAAUGUGAGACAUAUUGUUCUUCCCUGCUCUAGUUCUGCCAGAUCCCAAAUUAUUCCCGAUAUUAUUCGCUGCUAUAGUAGUGGAGGCCGCACUAUUAUUUUUACUGAGACAAAGGAUUCUGCUUCCACACUAGCUGGAUUACUACCUGGAGCACGAGCUUUGCAUGGGGACAUACAACAGGCUACACGUGAGGUCACACUUUCUGGAUUCAGAUCCGGGAAAUUUUCGACACUUGUGGCUACAAAUGUAGCGGCACGUGGGUUAGAUAUUGAUGAUGUCCAGCUAAUUAUUCAGUGCGAGCCACCUCGUGAUGUGGAGGCAUACAUUCAUCGCUCUGGAAGAACAGGAAGAGCAGGGAAAACUGGCAUUGCUGUAAUGCUUUAUGAUCCAAGGAAGUCAAACUUUUCUAAGAUAGAAAGAGAAUCUGGGGUGAAAUUUGAACAUAUGUCAGCUCCACAGCCAGCAGAUAUUGCUAAAGUUGCUGGUGCAGAGGCUGCUGAGAAAAUAGCUGAGAUAUCUGAUAGAGUCAUACCUGUAUUUAAGGCUGCUGCUGAAGAGCUAGUGAAGUCAUCUGUUCUGUCCCCAGCAGAAUUGCUUGCAAAGGCACUGGCGAAAAUUGCUGGUUAUACUGAAAUCAAGAGUCGAUCACUUCUCACUUCAAUGGAAAACUAUGUUACCAUUCUCCUUGAGUGUGGACGGCCCAUUUACACACCUUCAUUUGUGUACGGUGUCCUACGGAGAUUUUUACCUGAAGAGAAAGUGGAAUCAAUCAGGGGCCUUUCUUUGACCACUGACGGGAAGGGUGCAGUGUUUGAUGUGGCUACUGAAGAUUUGGACCAGUUUAUUGCCGGGCAGAAAAAUCUCUCUGGGGUAAGUCUAGAGGUGGUGAAAUCAUUGCCACGAUUGCAAGAAAGAGAGCAGGCAAGAGGAGGGGGCAGAUUUGGAGGUGGAGGGCGUGGUGGUGGUUUCCCGGAGAGAAGAGACGGUAGGUUAUCCGGUGGAAGAGGUGGGAGAGGGGGAUUUCCUGAUCGGAGAAAUGAUAGAUUCUCUAGAGGUGGUGGUGGUGGUGGUGGUGGUGGUGGAAGAGGUCGUGGAAAUAACAACCGCAGAUGGUGAAACAUUCUGCAUCUCUCUUCCAGAUCAAACAUGAAACCGGUGGUUGAAUCAGAGUAAUAUAGGCAUGCCAGGGGCACAUAAGAUUUGGUAAUUAUUGUCAUUUUUUUGAGGGAAAUUUUUUGGUGAUUAUGAAGAGAAUGACUUCCUUUUCCCCCUCUUUAAUUUGUAUUUUUUUUUAUUAUUAUAGUAAUAUUGUUAGGUUUCACUUGUAGUCAUGCAAGAUUUCCCAGACAAAUACGGAAAAUGUGGUGUUUUAUCGAUCAAAUAUCAAGCAUAAAAUUCUUAUUUGGAUGGCUCUGGAGCCAAUCCACAAAUAUGUCAA